AUGGCUUUCUUCAUCACCAAGACUGUGCGUUGUGUGAUAUUAGCCAUCUUAUUGUACAGUGGAACACAGUAUUUCUUACGUUGGAAGUCUUACACAUUUUCCCCAAAAGUCUUUCGCGAGAAAUCAAUUGCUGCUGCACAACCAGCUAAUGGCUUGUCAAAUGUCAAUAAACUGCGAAAUGACCUAAGCAGGGAAUAUCGUGAUCAUAUAUUAGAUCCUACGUGGGAAGCAGUUUAUGGAGGUGGACUCUUGCUUCGUGCAAAUUUCUUGCAUGCUUCUUUAACAGAAUUUAUAGUUGCAUUCCAUGCAGCGCAUCGAACACAGGGUUUCUCAGGUUUCCACUGGAUUAAUUCGACAUGUACAGUUUUGAAUGGCGCAGUUUCCAGAACUCUACACAGCCUUCAUGGUGGUAACAAAGAAACCUUCAAACCAGGUAAUAAUUUCCGGCACGGAGAAUUCCAACGAUACUUUUAUGAAUUCUCAGACGAUACAUACAUGGUUUGUUACGGAAGAGGAGCUGUUCCAUUAAGUUCUUUGUGGUUGGCCACGGGAUCUAUUUCUGCAGCUGACCCUCUUUCGCUGGUCCGAAUAUUUUACAUUUACGGUCACGGUUCCAUUCACGAAAUAGGAUUCUCAUUGAAAAAAACAUUCAACUAUUACAAGUCUAGGGUAGUGAAGUCAGAACUUUAG